GAACUUCAAUAACAGUCUGUUUUUGGUCUUUCCGUGGUGUAAUUGCCUUGAGUUGUGCGGAUAACGCUAAAAACCAAGUGGAAUCGACGAGUUGAAGAGCGGCGGCCAGCAGCAAUUCUAGUCACGCGUGUCGCGAAGCCAAGCGGUAAACAAAAAGCACGCCCCACACCGCAGUGACCCCCCACCACCACCACCCCCCGCGCGCAAUCAAAACAACAAAAGCACACACGCAAGGCCACGGCGGAGCAGCAACAACAACAACAACAGCGACAACAAUGGAAGAACUGAACAUCAUAUUACAGAAGACCAAAGAUAAAUCAACGCAAAAGGAGCAGGAUGAGAUUCUGCUGCAGCCCUUCACAUACAUACAACAGAUUCCUGGCAAGCAAUUCCGCUCCGAGUUGGCCUUGGCAUUCAAUCACUGGUUGCUCAUACCGGGCGAAAAGUUGGCGCAAAUCGGAGACAUUGUGCAGAUGCUGCACAAUUCCAGUUUGCUAGGUGUGCCCGUGGCGCAUUCCAUCUACGGCGUGGCCAGCACCAUAAAUGCGGCCAACUAUGCACUCUUUCUGGCGCUGGAGAAGGUGCAGCAGCUGGAUCAUCCGGAGGCCACCAAGGUGUACACCGAACAAUUGCUGGAGCUGCACCGAGGCCAGGGCAUGGAGAUCUAUUGGCGCGACAGCUUCACGUGUCCCUCCGAGUCGGAUUACAAGCUGAUGACUGUGCGCAAGACUGGCGGCCUCUUCAUGCUGGCCAUUCGCCUGAUGCAGCUGUUCAGCUCCAACAAGGAGGACUAUUCGAAGUUGACGGCUAUAUUGGGCCUGUACUUUCAGAUACGCGACGACUAUUGCAAUCUGAGUCUGAAAGAGUACACGGAGAACAAGAGCUUCGCCGAGGACUUGACGGAGGGCAAGUUCGGCUUCCCGGUAAUCCAUGCGGUUCGCACCCAGAAGCAGGAUAAACAGGUUUUACACAUAUUACGCCAGCGCACGCACGACAUUGAGGUCAAGAAGUACUGCAUCACCUUGCUGGAAAAGCUGGGCAGCUUUCAGUAUACACGCAAGGUUCUGGAGACGCUCGACGCGGAGGCGCGGUCGGAGGUGGCUCGUCUGGGUAGCAAUCCGUACAUGGACCGCCUGCUCAACAAGCUGCUGUCGUGGAAGACGAGCGAUAGCGCCAGCAUCACGCAGUCGAACCAGAUCAAUCACAACAACGUCUCACGCAGCAGCCCCAACCAGAACACGCUCAAUUGCAAUUAGCAGCCAAAGAGGCAAAAGAGGGAGCAGUCGUGAAUUGCGAACGGCAGAGCCUCUUUUGCCGCCAAUCCGGGAGAGCAGCAGGCCAGCAGCCAGCCGAAGCCUGCGUGCCUCAGUGCGCCCCUGUUGCGUUUCCUGCAGAAGCUGAAGAUAUUCUGAGAUUUAUGUUACCCUCUGCCAAACCGAAAAGCCCACAGAGAACCCCUACCUAACUGUCAACCGAAACCAGAGCGAUGAGAACGGAAAUAGGAGGAGGAUAGUAUUUGGAUUGGAUUGGAUAGUGAAAUGAAUGAAAUGGGAUGGAUAACAAAACCAACAGCAGCCUUACAGAAAAUUGUUAAGCCAAAAGUAAAUUGAUAUAAGCCAAGCUUAUCGUCGAGCUAGCAAAGAGCCAUAGUACAGCUUUCCAAGAAUUUGUUUUUUACUUUUACUUUUACAUUUUACUUUAUACUUUUAAUCUUAAUUUUGCUUUAAAGUUACGUAGUUAGUUAGCUCGUUUAGUUUCACCAGUUUUAGUUUCGCCCAACGAAUGGGAAGCGGGGGUGGGGAUCAAGCAAAUCUCGCAGAGCAUUACUGAAUUAUAGGAUAUGCAAUUUUUUAGCUCUUGUAUUUCUAAGUGUGUUUCGUAUUCGUAACUCGAUUCUGCAAGCAAUUUUCGCUUUCUAAGUGUCAUUUUAUCAAAUCUAACUCACUCGGAACUCAAUGUGCACUUCCUUUAUCGACGUUGUUCCAUUUUAAUUGUUAUACAAAUGCGAUUCGUAUACUAUUAACGACAAAUUGUUAAUGUUUUAUGCAGACACUAUAAAAUCAACACAAAUGAACGCAACUAUAUAUUGAAAUAAUGAUAAUGAUGCACUGCACGGCAGGUUUUUGCACAUUGCACCACCUAAAAAAUAUAUACAUAUAUUAUAUAUAUAAAUAUAUAUAUUUUUAUUGUA